AUGUACGUAAUUUCGAGUGCACUUUCAAAAACAGGUCUUCCGGUAGGAUUGCACACUGCUCUUAGAACAUCAUCGGUAGGAUGGUUGCGUUUGUACUGUGAUAAAUCGUCGUGUACCGCCGUACCACCGUCGGCAGGCAGCAAUGACAUUGUCAAUGGCACCGGACAGGAGGUUCGGGUCCGGUUUGCACCCAGUCCUACAGGAUUCAUGCAUCUUGGUGGACUUAGGACGGCCCUGUACAACUAUCUCUUCGCUAAGGGGCACAAUGGCAAAUUUGUGCUGCGUAUUGAGGACACCGACCGGGAACGGUUCGUAGAAGGUGCGACGGAGAAGAUGUACGCCGAUCUGAAAUGGGCAGGCAUCGAACCCGAUGAAGACCCCUUCAAGGGUGGACCUCACGGACCAUACACCCAGAGCCAGCGAUACGAUAUCUACAAGCAGGAAGUGAAAAAACUGAUGGAAGACGGCCGAGCGUAUUACUGCUUCUGCACAGAGCGCCGGUUGGAACUGUUACGCAAAGAAGCACUCCGGCUGCGCCAGGUACCGAAGUACGACAACAAAUGCCGGCAUCUCACCCCGGGCCAGAUCGCCGAACGGUUGGCGAAAAACGACAAGUUUUGCAUACGCUUCCGGUUGCACUCGAAAGGCGACGAAUUUACGGAUAUGAUCUUCGGCAAGAUCGUGUACUUCAUCGCACAACAGGAAGGCGAUCCGGUCAUCAUUAAAUCAGACGGCUACCCAACCUACCACUUUGCGAACGUUGUCGACGAUCACUACAUGCGGAUUACGCACGUUUUGCGUGGCGUCGAGUGGCAAAUAUCAACCCCAAAGCACAUACAGUUGUUCCACGCGUUCGGUUGGCGACCGCCACAGUACGCUCACCUACCGCUGAUCAUGAAUCCGAACGGUUCGAAGCUUAGCAAGCGGCAGGGCGACGUUCAGCUGGAGCACUAUCGUAACAACGGCAUCUUCCCGCAGGCGCUGCUCAACUACAUCACACAGAGUGGCGGUGGGUUCGGGCGGGAACUGCUCGACAUCGAGGCGCCCCAGCUCAGCGAUCUGGUGCGACAGUUUGAUCUGGACAAAAUAAACGCCAACUCUAGUCGUCUCAAUCCGGAACUGUUGAAGCACUUCAACCGGGCCGAAAUACGACACAAACUCGAAAAUGACAGCGAAGCCGCCAAGCGCAUCAUCCGCGACGUUACGGAAAUGGUACGGAAGGAAUUUGCCAAGGACGUGAAGCACCUGCAGCUCAGCGAGGAGCACGUGCGCGACGUGUUGAACUGGUCCCUUCCACGCAUCGACGCACUGCACGAUCUCGUAAAGACCAAACUCUCCUUUCUGUGGGUGCUGCCAAAACCAACGAAGGAAAAAAUCGUCGACGCCGAUAUCUUGGCGGUUCUGGCGAAGAACCUCGCGGCCGAAUCGGACGUACCGGAGUUCAACAAAUCGGAGCUGAGCCGGUUCAUCAAAGCCUUUGCCGAGCGGAACCACCUUGCAUUUGAGAACCUCAUGAAAGCGUUACGUUCCGGGCUGAGCGGACUUCAGGAAGGUCCGUCCGUCCCUGAAAUGAUGGAAAUACUGGGCCGCGAGAAAACAGUCGAACGGAUCGAACUGGCAGCGAGCAGACAAAAAUAAAAGACGGGACGGGGCUGCGAAUAUUUCUAACGAAUUACUGGUUUAUUUGCGGUUAAACGUGUUGACACAACAGCUGGUGUAUUUUAGCAUCGUUGCUGUAUGUAUAAUACACUACACGCACUGGGGAUGCACCGGCUACAUUUAUGGGAGAAAAGAUGUUCAGACAAAAUGUUGCAAAAAUAUAGUGUUA